UUACAACAAAGUAAAAUAGUAACGCACAGCCUAGCACAAAAACAAAACAAUCGCUUAUAAUGGCUUUUUUGGAAGAACCUCGGCCUAAUUCACCAAUCGAUAGUGAAAUGGAAGACAAUCCAACAAACAAUAUUCGGCCAUAUCAGUUUGAGCCCGAAUGGCCGGCUGAUGAACACGAAGAAGCUCACCAGUUUGAGGAUAACGAAGAACAGGAAUUUUUGUAUAUUGACGAUGAAUCUCGGCGCGACAAUCUUGAAUGGUGUCAAUGUGGUAACUGCCAAAUAAUGGAUAAUAACGAGGAAUGUUUAUGCUGCAAAGAGAUUUCCAAUAUUUGUGACAAAAAUUUAGAGGCAGUAGAAAGGAAUGAGACCACCGAAGUCCCUUUGUGCAUUACACAACAUCCUGGUUUUGAGCCUGUUCGUCUUAACAGGUGGGUUUUACAAACAGCUUGGUACCAGUACAAGCAGCAAUAUGAGGUAGCAUAUGAUGGGCCCGAGGACAAACUGUACCGCCAUGUUGCAUAUAGACAGUUGGCUAGAUGGUGCUGGGGUGUCUUGGGUAGAGAAGUGAGAGUCAUCUUGCCAUCAUAUGCAGUUACUCACAUUAGAGAAACAUUUCCUCUACCUGGCCUUGCAGAGGAAUUUCAAUUUGAAGGCUUUCACUAUGUUGAUGAAUGAAGUAUUUUAUUAUGAUAUAGGUAUAUACCCAUUACAAUUACUUUGUAUGUCAAUAUUAAAGUGGCAUAGCCAGCUCAUUUAUAGGUCAUGCUAUGCACAUUUAUUAUUAUUAAUUUAUUACAAAAAAAAACCA